AUGUACCUCUCAUUUGCUUCAGUCCAAGCCGCCGCACUCUUACUCGGGGUGCAGGCCGUCUUCGCACAAGAAAGCUUUAUACUCUAUAACGCAACAAAAUUGGACAUCACCUUGGGUACAGAAUGCGUCGAUGCCCUUUCCGCCGCUAUCAGCUGCAACUCAUACGUGCGGACAUUUUUGCAGCUCGGCUGGCGGGGAUCUCUUGGGGACGUCGCUUUUACUGAUUCAGUAUGCUCGGGCGCCUGUUCUGCGUCACUGAAGGGUUGGUUUGGCGACGUCACAAACCGUUGUCAGGGGAAGCAGCUGGAUAAAUCAGCCCCAAACAGACUUGGAGGCUAUUUGUGGGCAGGUUUCAAUGAAACCUGUGUCAAGGACCCGCGUACCAAGCAAUACUGCAACGACAUUAUUGCCAACUUCAGCACUGUCCCUGAUUACAAGCAUAUGCCACGGACAGAACUUUGUCACACCUGUCACAUCCGGAGACUUGCUCUGAUGCAGUCCUCACAGUAUUCCAUCUACAACGACUAUUAUAAAGAGGUUCUUCAGUACGUGUACGCUACGUGUGGCGGGAGUGGACCCACGAAUAUCCCUCCCCCUCUUACCGAAGUCCCAACAGAAACACCGCUAUACUGCGUCACGGGCAAACACUACACUACGACGCGGAAAGGCGAGACGUGCGAGUCUAUUGCCAAUGCUACGAGCGUGUCUUCAGCCGCAUUGUACAUGGGAAACCAGGCACUGAUCCCCGACUGCCGGGAUAUUAACUCGGGCGUCAACGUGUGUCUUCCCCUCACCUGCCAGACAUAUUACGUGCGCCCCUCGGAUACGUGUGUGUCUAUUGAGACGGCGCUUGAACUUGAAUUCGGUCAGGUCCGUAAUUUUAAUCAAUGGAUCAACUUCGACUGCUCGAAUUUACAGGUAGCUGCCGAGUUUUGGGGUCGCAGUAUCUGCGUCUCGCCCCAGGGUGGAACUUUUACCGGCACAGUUCCGGCUCCUGCUCCCACGACAGCACCGCUGGGGGACGGAUAUACCAGAAAUGCCGUCGAACCUCCCGCUAAAAAGACGGUAGCGUCAGGUACGACGAUGAAUUGCGGCAAGUGGCACGUAGUGGCUUCUGGGGAUACUUGCAGCGCUAUAUGCAUCCAGGAAGGCAUUGAGGCCGGCCUCUUUCGCCUCGUGAAUCCUUCUCUGUCGACUGAGGCGUGUACUGCGUCGCUGAAGCCUGAUUCGGCACUCUGCGUUGGCCCGACUUACUCCUGGAACUUGACGGUGCCUGCAACUACCACAAUGUCAUUGGACAGCGGAGUUUUCUUGUGA